AUGGCCGAGGUGGGCGGCUUCCUGGGCUCCCUGGAUUUGGAUUUGCACGGCUUUUCCUCGUCACUUGGGAACGCGCCUCUCGCCGACUCGCCGGGCUUUUUGAACGAGCGCCUGGGGCAGAUCGAGGGGCGGCUGCAGCGGGGCUCGCCCACCGACUUCGCCCACCUCAAAGGCAUCCUCCGGCGGAGGCAGCUCUACUGCCGGACCGGCUUCCACCUGGAGAUCUGCCCCAACGGAACCGUCCACGGCACCCGGCAGGAUCACAGCCGCUUCGGAAUUUUGGAGUUUAUUAGCUUGGCUGUAGGGCUGGUUAGUAUCCGCGGAGUGGAUUCUGGACUUUACCUCGGGAUGAACGAAAGAGGCGAACUGUAUGGAUCGAAGAAGCUCACAAGAGAGUGUGUUUUCCGCGAGCAGUUUGAAGAAAACUGGUAUAAUACCUACGCCUCGACCCUGUACAAACAUUCUGACUCCGAGCGACAAUAUUAUGUUGCUUUGAACAGAGACGGCUCCCCCCGAGAAGGAUACAGGACUAAGAGACAUCAAAAAUUCACUCAUUUUUUACCAAGGCCUGUGGACCCUACAAAGAUACCUGCGAUGUACAGAGACCUCUUCCACUACAGGUGAUGUUCUCUACAGCUUGAGCCGCCAGUGUGUAUAUAUACUUGGGUCCCCAAGCUUUUUGCUGGAGAGCUAUAUACACCUUAGUCAUUCCAACCCCUUUUAUCAAAUCUAGGUAACAGGUAGAGAAGCACUUACAAUGAAUUCCUCGGCGUUCUUGUUGUUAUUUUUCUUUUAAAGGUGUAUAUCGAGGUCGCGUUUACUCCUGUGGGGUGGGGCUUGGGGCAGGGCCUGGGACCCUCUGUGCCUUCAUUCAUUUCUUCAAUUGCUUUCUUUAUCUGGUGGGCUAGGAAAAGGCAAAAGUUCAUGCUGGGGAGGAAAGAUUAUUUUUGAACCGACAACCACCACCAGCACUAAUCACCAGCCACGUGAUCAAGGUGACUACAGGAAAGAAGACCACAGAAAUGACUUAUAUGUUUCCCACAAGCUUGGAAUGGUGGCUUAUUAUAGCGGGCCCCUCAGACGGGACCCACUGAAUGAAGUGGCCCCUGUAUUUACUACACAGAUUCUCUUGAGGUGGCCCUAACAGACUUGCCAGAUGUUGCUAGAACAAAAUCCUGACUGUAGUCUCUAGCUCAUAGACUUCUAUGGUGGGAAAACAGAGGGGAGAACUCAGAAUAUUCAAGUCAAACCAGACAUCUGGCAAUCCUGGGUCCUGAGCGAUGAGUGUGUGUGUGUGUGUGU